GAGUAAUUAAUGACCUGGCUUUGAAUCAUCAGAACGAUUAAUUAUUAUCUUGAAUAUAAAACCGAACCCAAACUACCUGUUCUCGAUCUAAGUUCUCCUCAAAAUCUCACCAGACAAUCCAAUCCCUAUGCCAUUUUGGUUUCCCUGAAUCCGCGAGACGGAUCCUUACUAAUCUCAUUUAACACACAGAACCCUCUUCCACAGAAUGACCAACUCCAACCCCCGAACUACAUACUACAUCAUUCUAACUCUCUUCCUCCUCUUCUUCUGGACAAUCAUAAUCUCUCUCCUCAUCUACUUUAUUUCCUCCAUCGAAUCGCCCAAGCCCCUCACUCCUUGCCGUGGCAGUUUUAUGCACGAAGAAAUAUGUUAUUGUCCCGCUUCCAUUUCACAUUGUGCUCCAAACCCUCCAAUUGAAUCUCUCGCAAUUCAAGAUCAAAAUCAAGAUCCUGAACCCGAAACUCCGGUGAAGCAGAUGAUGAUGUGUUUUGCGCUCGCAAUCUCCAUAUGUGGUAUUUUGGUGCAGAUGGCGGUACUGAAUGGAUGGUGGAAUCCCUGGGGAGAAAAUAUCGUGUGGAGAAAGGGAAGAUCAGGAUGGGAAUGGAAAGUUGUUUCAGUGGGGAAGGAUAAGAAAGGAGGGAGUAGUGAGCAAGCUCCUUUGCUUGUAAGCGAGAGGUAGGGGUAUUAGCUUAAUGGGCUGUUAUGUUAAGAUGACACCAUUGAGGUUGUAGUGAAGCUGGAUAGGAGAAAUAAUGAAAGAGGAGGAUUGGAUCUUCGCUUGAGCAACAAGCUUGCAAAUCCAAAGAUAGAGCGGUCUGAACA